GGGAUGGAAAUGGCGUCUCCUCUUGCUCUGAGGGCAUGUAAUCUUUCUUAUUUUCAUGGUUUCUCAUUUAUAUGAGUGAAUUUUAAGUUUGUUUCUCAAGACUCAAGAUCAUUUGUUUUAGUAAGAGACCUUUGUCAUGGGUUCCAUCUGCUCCAAGGUUUUGGAUGGAAAUGGCUUCUCCUUUUGCUUUGAGGACAUGGUAUUUGGUUUUGGAGGGAAUGUGGUGACUGUAGGUUUGCUUAUUGUUCUUUGGGUGACUCAGAGGAAUGCUUCAAGAAGUACUGUGAGGAGUCUGAGGUUGGGCCUCUUGGAGAAGGUGCUGUUGAAUAUUCUGCUUGCUCUUGGAACAAUUCUUUCUUUCUAUGAGAUGCUUACUCUUGUGGGGAAAAGCAUGCCUGAUUAUCAUGAAUGGUUUUAUAGAUCUUCUCAGCUGGCCUCAUGGAUUAGCAUUAUGCUCGUGUCAAAGUUCUCAUGUUGGUUUCCUCUAUUAUGCAAUCCAUUUUUCUGCUGUUGGUGGAUUGUGAAACCUAUCACGGGGAUUCCUCGUUUAUACACCGCCUUUUCUUCAUUGAAGACAAUAACCUGUUUUAAGGAGAGUUCAUCGGUGACUGCUGAAAUAUUGUUUACUUUGUUCAUCAACAUAACCAGAAUAGCAAAGGCCCCUACUGAAGAAAGCAAAUAUGAUUUACUUGAAGGCCCACUCCUCUCUUAUGAUACCAAAGAGGAGCAUCACGUUUCUGAUCUGGUGACCAGAGCUGCACAAUACUGGCACAUGUUAACUUUCCAAUUUGUCAAUCCAAUGAUGAGCCUUGGUGUGACAAAGCAACUUGACCUUGAAGAUUUAGUUUCAUUACCAUUGGAUCUCAUGCCAUCUCCUUGUCAUGAUACAUUUUUAAGAUGUUGGGUAGCUGAAGAACAUAAAAAUCAGUCGAAAUCAUUAUUGUUUAGAGUAAUUUGUAAAGCAUAUGGUUGGCCUUACUUGCGUCUUGGUUUACUCAAGGUAUUAAAUGAUAGCCUAAGUUUUCUGAGCCCACUGCUUCUGAAUAGGCUCAUCAAGUUUCUUCAGCAAGGAUCUGGGAAUAUUGAUGGCUAUACUCUGGCUAUUUUGAUGGGUCUUGUGUCAACCAUCAAGUCCUUUCUUGAUACACAGUACACUUUCCAUCUUUCAAAACUCAAGUUAAAGCUGAGGUCAAGCAUUAUGACUAUCAUUUAUCACAAGUGCUUGUACACUUCUCUAGCUGCUCGUUCAAAAUUUUCCAAUGGAGAAGUUCAAACAUUCAUGUCAGUUGAUGCAGAUCGAACUAUUAACAUGUGUAACAGCUUUCAUGACAUGUGGAGCUUGCCUUUGCAGAUUGGAGUAGCACUAUGUCUUUUAUACACACAAGUCAAUUAUGCUUUUCUUUCUGGAUUUGCUCUUACUGUUUUGCUUAUACCAGUAAAUAAAUGGAUAUCUACAAAAAUAGCAAGUGCAACACAGGAAAUGAUGAAGCAUAAGGAUGAAAGGGUCAGAAGUGUUGGAGAAAUUUUGACUUAUGUCCGAACUUUGAAAAUGUAUAACUGGGAGAAUAUGUUCACUGAUCGCAUAAUGGAGAGGAGAACAAAGGAAGUGAAGCAACUUUCAACUCGGAAAUAUUUGGAUGCUUGGUGUGUAUUUUUCUGGGCAACAACACCAACCCUUUUCUCUCUUUUCACUUUUGGUGUUUUCACGUUAAUGGGCCAUCCACUAGAUGCUGCUACGGUUUUCACAUGUGUUGCGCUGUUUAAUACGUUAAUCUCUCCAUUAAAUUCUUUUCCAUGGGUCAUAAAUGGUCUGAUUGAUGCCAUAAUCUCGGCUGGGAGAUUGAGCAAAUUCUUAACCUGUCCUGAAAUUGACUCUGAUUCUGGCCAUAUUUUUGAGACAAAUUUACAAACAUCUGGUUCUCUGCAGCCUCCUUGUGAAGACAAUGCUGACACUGAUAGUUCUGCUGCUGUUGUCUUUCAUGAUUUAUUUAGUGUCUGGUCAAGUGGCAAUGAAGAUGGUGAGCAAAAUGCAGUACUGAAUGGCAUUACACUCAACCUGCCAAAGGGUUUGUUCAUUGCCAUUGUUGGGGAGGUUGGCUCUGGUAAGUCAUCAUUGUUAAAUUCAAUUCUUGGAGAAAUGUGCCGUAUUCAUGGGUCUGUACAUUCUCAUGGGUCAAUUGCAUAUGUACCACAGGUACCUUGGAUUUUGUCAGGAUCAGUACGUGAUAAUAUUUUGUUUGGAGAGGCAUUUGAUGCUAGAAGAUAUAGAGAAGUAUUGCAUUCAUGCGGCCUUGAUGUUGAUAUUUCUCGAAUGGUUGGAGGUGAUCUAGCAUAUAUUGGGGAGAAGGGCAUUAAUUUAUCUGGAGGACAGAGAGCACGUAUUGCGUUGGCAAGGGCUGUCUAUCAUGAGUCUGAUGUAUACUUGCUUGAUGAUGUCUUGAGUGCGGUUGAUUCUCAAGUUGCUUGCUGGAUUCUGGAAAAAACAAUGCUGAGUUCUUUGAUGAACCAGAAGACAAGGGCCUUAUGCACGCAUAAUCUCCAGGCGAUUUCAGCUGCGGAUGUUGUAGUAGUCUUGGAUAAAGGCCAUGUCAAGUGGGCCGGGUCUUCUGCAGAUUUUCUGCUGUCACCUUACUCCACAAUUUCUACAAUUAGAGAUUCAAAGCUUGCAUCACCACAGAAGCUAGGAAAGGAAAUCAGCAUAAAUGAUCCUGGUGAGUCUGAUGUGCUAUGGGAGGACGAUAUUUUAAGCACGGCUGUAGAAGAAGAGGAUGCAUCUGUGUUGGAAUUGAGAAAGGAGGGCAGAGUUGAGCUGAGUGUAUAUAAAAGCUAUGCAAGAUUUAGUGGCUGGCAUAUUGUUAUUGUGACAUGCGUAUCAGCAGCUUUUAUGCAAUCUUCUAGGAAUGGGAAUGAUCUUUGGUUGUCUCAUUGGGUUGAUGCUGCUGGUGAGACUGAGAGCAUUACAUUCUAUCUGGUUGGGCUCUGCAUAUUUGGUAUUGUGAACUCUCUUUUAACGUUGGUGCGGGCAUUCUCAUUUGCAUAUGGUGGUUUGCAUGCUGCAGUCCAAGUCCACACUGAGCUCCUGAGCAAAAUUGUUGAUGCACCUGUACAUUUUUUUGAUCAAAAUCCAAGCGGCCGAAUACUAAACAGAUUGUCUUCAGACCUCUACAUGAUUGAUGAUUCUCUUCCAUUUAUUCUCAACAUUCUUUUGGCUAAUUUUUUUAGUCUCUUGGGCAUUGUGGUGGUUUUGUCCUAUGCUCAGAUCCUCUUCUUGCUUUUACUAUUGCCACUGUGGUAUCUUUUCAGCAAACUGCAGUACUACUACAGGUCUACUUCACGAGAACUGAGAAGACUUGACAGUGUUUCUCGCUCUCCUAUAUACUCAUCUUUCACCGAGACAUUGGAUGGGUCUUCUACUAUAAGAGCAUUUAAGGCAGAGGAACUGUUCAUGGGAAGAUUCAUUGAGCAUAUGACAAGAUACCAGAGAACAUCCUACUCAGAGAUAUCAGCAAGUUUAUGGCUUUCAUUGCGCCUUCAACUGCUUGCAGCUGUUGUUAUUUCUUUCAUUGCUGUGAUGGCAAUCAUUGGGAGACAAAGUGAUUUUAUUCUGACCUUUGGUACACCUGGACUUGUGGGCUUGGCCUUGUCAUAUGCAGCACCAGUCGUGUCUUUAUUGAGCAGCUUCCUUACUAGUUUUGCAGAAACAGAAAAAGAAAUGGUCUCCGUUGAAAGAGUGCUCCAGUACAUGGAUAUUCCUCAAGAAGAACAUGCGGGCUCACAAUCUCCGCCUCCUGGAUGGCCACUGGAAGGACGAAUUGAAUUUGAUCAUGUUACUCUUAGAUACAUGCCAUCACUGCCACCUGCUUUAAAUGAAGUUUCAUUCAAUAUUGAACCUGGCAUGCAGGUGGGGAUUGUUGGAAGAACUGGUGCUGGAAAAUCCAGUGUGAUAAAUGCUCUUUUUCGCCUCAGCCCCAUUUGCAACGGGUGGAUUUUAGUUGAUGGCCUUAAUGUUGCUAAUGUUGCUGUUGGUGAUCUUCGUCGUGCUUUUGCUGUAGUUCCUCAAAGUCCCUUCUUGUUUGAAGGCUCCUUAAGGGACAAUCUAGAUCCAUGUGGUAAGUCUGAUGACUGCAAAAUCUGGGAGAUACUUGAGAAAUGCCAUUUGAAAACAUUAUUAGAAUCUGCUGGUGGGCUUGAUACACAUGUAAAAGAAAAUGGUAUAACCUUUUCUGUUGGCCAAAGGCAGCUUAUCUGCCUUGCACGGGCACUUAUUAAGUCUUCAAAGAUUCUUUGUCUGGAUGAAUGCACUGCCAGUGUUGACACAAAGACAGCAUCCAUAUUGCAGAAAACUAUUUCAAGUGUGUGCAAAGGCAUGACAGUGCUCACAAUAGCACAUCGAAUUUCUAUAGUGCUGAACAUGGACAAUGUUCUGGUUCUAGAGCAUGGGAUCCUGGUCGAACAAGGGAACCCACAGGAACUUGUAAAAGACCCUAACUCCAUGUUUGCAAGCUUCGCUCGAGCAUCCACAAUGUGACAAUCUGCAGCUUAUAUUAACUUCCAUACACUUGUCCUCAUCAAUAUAUUGUUACACUUUUAACUGUGAGGAUACCGACUAGUAAGGUUCGAUGCCAA